AUGCCAAUCGUAAGCAAUGUCAACAAACGUUUCCGAGUGUACCUGACUUCUCUCAAGGAAAAGCUCUGCCCUUUCGACGAUGGAACGGUCCAGAAGCCAAUCAACCGGGAGUCGCAAAUGAUUGAUCUGAUUUCCAGUUUCAUUACCAAAAGCGAUCACUACGACCGUAAUCACGGGCCUAUUCAGCACAGGAUUGGCUCGGAACACACGGUCACAGUCAACGGACUCGUGUCGAGGCCUUUGAAUUUGACGCUUGACCAGCUUGUGGAAGAUUUCCCUCAGCACAGGGUCACCUGCACACUUCAGUGCGCCGGCAACCGAAGGCACACCAUGCGGACUCGAAUCAAGGAAGUCCUCGGUGUUGAUUGGUUCGACGGUGCCGUAAUGAACUGUGAGUUUGAAGGACCACUGGUUCGAGACAUCCUCCUCGCAGCUGGGGUGGAAGAAGAUGGUGUUAUGCAGCGCAACGUCGUACCGAAACACGUCCACUUCGCCAACCACGGAGGCAAGACCCAGCACGACGAGUGGUACGGCGGCAGUAUCCCCUUCGCCAGGGCCAUGGAUCUCGAGAUGGAUGUGAUCCUGGCAGUCAAGAUGAAUGGCCUGCCUCUUGAAGCUCGUCACGGCUUCCCUGUCAGGGCAAUAGUUCCGGGGGUUCUCGGGGCUCGUUCUGUCAAGUGGCUUGACUCCAUCACGGUCUCGGACCAGGAAUCGCCCUGCUUCUAUCAGCAGCGCGACUACAAAGUCUUACCUCCGGAAGUAAGCGACGCAAAAACGGCCGAGGAGCAUUGGGCGCGUUGUCCCUCCAUGCUGGAGAUGCCUGUCAACGCCUGCGUUGCUUGGCCAGUGUCCGGUUCCACCAUCAAGCUUCCUGCCUCUGGAUUCAUUGAAGUCCUUGGCUAUGCUGUGCCACAGGGCUGUCAUGGACCUGUGAUCAGGGUGCAAGUCUCGGGCGAUGAAGGUAAGACCUGGACGGAUGCGCAACUUGAGCACGGGGGAGAACAUGCUAGCAAGUGGACUUGGGUGCUGUGGAACGCCAGGAUCAAGAUAGAGAGUGGUGAGGGCAAGAGAAUCUUUGCCAAAGCUACAGAUUCCGGAGGCUAUACCCAGACUGAGGAAAGAUCCACCUGGAAUCUGAGGGGCGUCGCCUACAAUGGGUAUGAGGCUGCUUUCGACUUGACCGUAAUUGAGGAAGUUGAUCGCCCUGCGGUCGCUGCGCGUCUCGAUGUGGCGAGAUUAUAA